UUCCAGUUUUGAGUAAAAAGUUUUUUGUGAAGAAAGUUCUGAAGCAAUUGCAUAUAAAUUUUUCAUUCAAAUUUUUGGCAUUUUUAUUUAAUUUCAGCGUGAAAAUACAUAUAGCAGGAUAAUUUGAGUAAAUAUCCGACGGACAGUUUCUUACUCCAAUAUACUAAGGACACGAUUAAAUAAUGCACAUAACAGGAAAGGAAUGUCGCAAUUAUUUAUUACAAAGGAAAAAUUUGCCUAUACGUACUGUUCCGGCCUUUACUUAUCAAGCAUUGCAGAAGAACACGAUUGUUGAACCUCCACCAAAAAUUUAUAUAUACAAGAAGCGGCCUGUAAAGGAAACACUCUUUAAAAUGUAUUUUCGGCGUGGUGACAUCCCGGUAGCUAAAAGAAUUAAAGGGAGUGGAAAGGGUAUUUCAGGAACAGUGAAAUGGUUUUGUGAACCAAAGGAACUUGACUAUUGCUAUUAUUUGCCAAUAUUUGUGGAUGGUCUCGCGGAUACUGACAUUGACAUACGUUCACUUGCGCAAGAAGCUGCAAUGGAUUUAAUCCUUAAAGCGCCGCAUAAAAUUUUACCAGUUCUGCCCAAACUGAUACUUCCGUUCAAAAGAGCAUUCAACACUCGUGAUAAGCGAAUAAUAAUAUCAGCGCUGAAAGUCUUGCAAACUAUGGUUCUGGUUGGGCCUUGCGUUGGACAAGCUCUCGUACCAUACUACCGACAGCUGUUGGCCGUAUGUAAUUUAUAUAAGAACAUUAAUGUUAACCUCGGUUCUGGUGUUGAUCCUGAUCGUAGUCGUCGCAUCGGCGAUGUUAUCGAAGAUACACUCUCUUUGCUUGAAACAUGUGGAGGGCCCAAUGCAUUUAUCAACAUAAAGUAUAUGAUUCCAACUUAUGAGAGUAGCACCCAUCCCAUAUGUGAGCCGUCGGCAGAAAAACCUGCUGCUUAAAGCAUAAAAUAUAAUUAGAGUUAGAUUUUUAUAGUAAAAUAAUGUAGGUUACGAAAUAGUAAGAAAUUAAGCCAUUUAUAAAAUAAUAUUUUGUAUUUUAUAUUUUAUUAAUGGCUUAUAUAUUUGCUUACUUCUGAACAGUUAAAUACAUAUCUAGCGCGACAUUAUAUUUUAUAUAUAAACAUUUAGAGCGCUUAUUGUCAUGAAUACCUUUCCUAUAUGAGAAAAAAUAAAUUCAAAAUUUAUAACCGUUAGAAUAUAAUGUUGGCAAUUUCACAAAUUUGAUAUACCACUACAUACAUGUCCAUGUUAGUUGCUGACAAUUUUACUUUGAUGAUUUGUUAGAGUUCAUAAACGUUAUUGUGACUGAUUUGCAAGUGAUUGGAAAAGAAGAAGCAGACGCAUCAUAAAAAAUAAACAAACGGGGAAUUUUGUAAACAUUUCAUCGAUACAAAAAAUAGCAUUAAUUAUAUAUAGAAAUUAUGGGGGCCCUUUUUGAAAAUGGCUUGAGGUUGGACAGAUAUAACAGUGACGAUCUCUUUAGUGCGCUGCUACGUUAUGGAUUAUUUCUAGGCGCAAUAUUUCAGCUCAUCUGUAUUGCGGCAUCGAUUUUGCUCCCUGCUGCUAGUGAAGGAUCGAAUGGCGAAGAUGGAAACGAGGAUUACAAAUUCAACGGCGAAAUGGGAAAUAUGCGGCGAUUGCACAAGUUACGAAAACAGGAUAAAAAGAAGCGACGUUGAUUCUAUCAUCAUGUGCAAAUAUUUCUAACUUAGAAACAUUAAUUUAGUAUAUGAGUACACAAUGUAAUUAAGAUAGUAAGAUUUAUUUGCUGAUAGAGUGUCAUGCAAUAUUUACGAGUUUCGUUUUAUAUUUUAAACAGCAAAGCAGUUAAAACCCCUACUCAAUAUAUACAAUAUGACACAUGCACAUAUAUGUAAGUUAAUUAUAUUACAGUAGCGUGAAAAUUUCAUUUUCAUGAAUGUUCAGAUAAAAAAUUUCAAAUAUAUUAUAAACAUUCCCACCAA